AUGGACCAGGACAGGGUUAACAGUAUGGUCCAGGACAGGGUGAACAGUAUGGACCAGGACAGGGUGAACAGUAUGGACCAGGACAGGGUGAACAGUAUGGACCGGGACAGGGUGAACAGUAUGGACCAGGACAGGGUGAACAGUAUGGACUGGGACAGGGUGAACAGUAUGGACCAGGACAGGGUGAACAGUAUGGACCAGGACAGGGUGAACAGUAAAGACCAGGACAGGGUGAAGAGUAUUGACAAGGACAGGGUGAACAGUAUGGACCAGGAUAGGGUGAACAGUGUGGGACAGGACACGGUGAACAGUAUAGACCAGGACAGGGUGAACAGUAUGGACCAGGACAGGGUGAACAGUAUGGACCAGGACAGGGUGGACAGGCAGGGUGAACAGUAUACACCAGGACAGGGUGAACAUUAUGGACCCAGACAGGGUGAACAGUAUGGAACAGGACAGGGUGAAAAGUAUGGACCAGGACAGGGUGAAAAGAAUGGACCAGGAAAGGGUGAAAUGUAUGGACCAGGACAGGGUGAACAGUAUGGACCAGGACAGGGUGAACAGUACGGACCAGGACGGGGUGAAGAGUAUGGACCACGAGAGGGUGAAGAGUAUGGACCAGGACAGGGUGAACAGAAUAGACCAGGACAGGGUGAACAGUAUGGACCAGGACACAGUAAACAGUAUGGACCAGGACAGGGUGAACAGUAUGGACCAGGACAGGGUGAACAGUAUACAUCUGGACAGGGUGAACAGUAUGGUCCAGGACAGGGUAAACAGUAUGGACCAGGACAGGGUGAGCAAUAUGGACCAGGACAGGAUGAACAGUAUAUGCCAGGACAGGGUGAUCAGUAUGGAUCACGACAGGGUGAACAGUAUGGACCAGGAUAA